AGUUUGAACACAUUUAACGCGAGCGGUGCUAAUGUCAGUGCUAAUCUGCUAAAAACAAAAUAAAACAAAAAUAAUUACAAUAGUAAACAUGUCCAAAACAACUACAAGGCCAGUCAGACCUGCUGUAAAAAUACCGCAGUCGUCAGGAUCGGGAGCACGGCGCAUCAGCCACGGUUCCACUAACACCCGGAGCGUUUACGCCUCAGUGAGCCGGAGGGGCUCGACUUUAGCCGGAGACAGUAAGGUUUUUGAGAAAAGCUCCACUCAACCCCAUAAACACCCUGUACAGGUUUUAGAUGAAACGGGGAAGGACGUCACCCCUCAGCCCCUGUACCAGCCUGAACCGGGCGCCGGGCAAAUCAAACCCACCAAAAUCUUCACAGCGCACGAAACAUCAUGGGGAACGAACUCAGAUUUCAUGUCCAUUUCAUGUCAAACCACGAAUGCAAGCUUCGCCGCACCUUUUACCAGGUCCAGCACCGUGUCCAGAUCAAGUCUGUCCACGAUGGAAUCCAUGAGUGAUGAGACCGAGGAUCCUUCGCCCAAAAAAGACGCCUCGAUCGGUCACACAGACACACAGGACGAGCGAGAUGACGUCAGGGACCAUCAGCUGGAUGCCGUAGUGGACACGUAUCUGACCGAGACGGAGACCUUGUGGCUCCUGGACCUUCCUCCCGUGUGUGUGUCAGAAGACUCGGACGAUGCUGAAUUAGUGAAGGAGAGGAACGAGGCGUACACAGAACUCUGUAAAACCAGAGCGGGAAACGAUAAAUAUGUGGAGCGAUCGGCGCAGACCUUCAACGGGGCUCCUAAAUCGAAAGAAGUCCAGUGUGACAGCGUCGUCAUGGUGGAUAAAGGUACGACGGCCACCGUCUGGGAGAUGUACGACACCUACGCGAUCAGUGAGACAGAAGAAUCAGACAUGGCCACAGAUGGAGAGAGAUCCACCAUCCCCGACGGUUCCUCCGUUCAUCGCUUAGACUCGACGCUGUCUUUCAACCGGGCGGCGUCGGUCAGUAGCACCAGCAUGGUCAGUAGCUCCAGCUCCCAUAUAGAGACGGACGCCUUCGUGGUCCAGGUGGACGCUGAUCCAGACCCCGAGAGGAUCCUGAACUCUGAGAAGUUCCUGAACCACCUGCUGGCGAUGGAGAGAACCGUCCUGCAGAACGUCUUCCAGCCCAAACUCGCUGCCUACAGACGCCUCCCUGUACUCACGGAUCCGGACCAGGCUCGAGAGGAGAAUGAGGUCCAGGAGGACGACCCUCUCGGUCCAGCUCUGGAGCGCCUCUGGACUUUCGGCUGUGAGCUGACCACCGGCCGCAACGUCAGCUGCAUGAGCUGGAACGAGAAGAAUCCAGAUCUUCUGGCUGUCGGUUACGGUCAGUUUGACUUCAAGGAGCAGAAAUCUGGACUGGUCUGUUGCUGGUCUCUGAAGAAUCCCACUUGGCCUGAGCGGAUCUUCCACUGUGGGAGCGGCGUCACGUCCCUGGACUUCUCGGCCUCCAGCGCCGCUCAGUUGGCGGUGGGCAUGUACGACGGCAGUGUCGCCAUCUACAACGUCCAAAGCUCGGACAAGACGCCCAUCUUCAACAGCAGCGACUGUGCCCACAGACACGCCGGUCCGGUGUGGCAGGUGAGGUGGGUAGAUCACGAUCGAGGUCCGAAAGGGGAGAAGAGGGACGAGGCGCUGGUGUCCGUGUCGGCCGACGGCAGGAUCAGCGAGUGGUUCGUCCGCAAAGGCCUCGACUGCAAGGAUCUGAUGAAGCUGAAGAGGACGAAGAACGAGAAGCGGCACGAGGGAAAGAAAGAACCCCUGACGUCCCACCUCGCCCCCGGACUGUGUCUCGAUUUCCACCCCGACGAUCCGAAUUUCUACCUGGCAGGAACGGAGGAGGGACACGUGUACAAAUGCUCCUGCUCCACCAGUGAGCAGUUCCUGGAGAGCUACACAGCGCACAGAGGUCCCGUCUAUAAGAUCGCCUGGUCGCCCCUCUGUCCAGACGUCUUCCUCAGCUGUUCUGCAGACUGGACCGUCCAGCUCUGGCGGCAGGACCUCUCCUCUCCGGUGCUGGCCUUCACCUCCACUCAGACGGGCGUGUACGACGUGGCGUGGUGCCCGCGCCGGGCCACCGUGUUCGGGGCGGUUCAUCACAGCAGGGUUGAGAUUUGGGAUCUGGCAGCCAGCACGCUGUAUCCGACCAUCGUGAACGAGGCCGAGCCGGGCGUGGCUCUGUCCUCUAUUUCCUUUACCAAUCAGGCGGACUGCGUCCUGGUCGGGGACAGUGAGGGACGGGUCAGCGUCUACAAGCUGAAAAAUCUGACCGUCGUAGAAGGAACACAGGGGGACAAACUGGACGAUAUGAUCAAGACCACUCUGACCAGUCAGCUCAGAGACAAAGGAAAGAUCUGGGCCAGUUAGAGUAGUGUGGAUCCAUCGUCCGUGUCGUCAUCCGUCAGACUCAGUGACUCCACUUCAGAAAAACGGCGGGAUUACAGCCGGCCGACCUCGGCGAGAUAAACAUCAGACUCAACGUUUAGGGAAAAUAAACAGAUUUUAUUUUUAUUU